AUGGAGAAAGGAGUUGUGGUGGAACUAAUUAGAGGGUCGACUAAUUGGGCUAAGGUGGUGGAGGAGAUCAUGAAGCUUGAGAAGAAAACGUUCCCUAAACACGAAUCUCUCUCUCAAACUUUCGACGGAGAGCUGCGCAAACGAAACGCCGGUUUGCUGUACGUCGACGCCGGCGGAGAAACUGUGGGCUAUGUCAUGUACUCUUGGCCGUCUUCUCUUUCUGCUUCCAUAACCAAGCUCGCAGUGAAGGAGAGCUGCAGGAGACAAGGCCAUGGAGAAGCGUUGUUGAGAGCAGCGAUCGAGAAGUGCAGAAGCAGAAAGGUGCAACGUGUCUCACUUCAUGUCGACCCCACGAGGAUUGCUGCUGUGAAUCUGUACAAAAAGUUCGGGUUUCAAGUAGACUCUCUGGUGAAAAGCUACUACUCGACAGAUAGAGAUGCUUACAGAAUGUACCUGGAUUUUGAUGACUCCAAUUAG